CGUAUAAACAUCCAGAAAUCUCAAAACCUUGUUAUAUUUAUACACACAAAAUUCAUUAAUCAAAACAAAACCUAACAAACAACAACAACACAAAAUCUCUCGAAUCUCAAACUCUUUAUUAAUCUUUCUUUGUUCAUGAACAUGGAAUAUAGAACCUUAGAACUCAACAUCAUAUCCGCUAAAGAUCUCAAAAAUGUUAAUCUUUUCUCCAAGAUGGACGUUUACGCCGUCGUUUCAAUCUCAGGCGAUCCAUUAAACCCACAAACUGCCACCACCCACAGGCAUCGUGACGGUGGAACAAGCCCUACAUGGAACUUCCCCGUCAAAUUCACCAUCAACGAUUCUCUCGCUAACCAGAAUCGUCUCUCUCUCGAGGUCAAACUCAUCUCCGAUCGUACCGUUGCCGGCGAUACCUUGAUCGGCAAGGUUCAUAUCCCUCUCAAGGAGCUUCUUGAUAACCCCUCCGGAGAUUCUUUCCGGCAGGUUAAUUAUCAGGUUAGAACAUCUUCAGGGAAAGCUAAAGGAAACUUAAACCUCUCUUACAAAUUCGGCGAAAAAGUCCAAGCUCCGGCGAUGAAAACAACGUCGAAACAUGAACCGGUGAAGGGAAAAAACGAACAUGAACCGGUGAUGGCUUAUCCUCCACCUGGAAUGGCGGCAGCUGGGUCUAGCUCGGUGCCGUAUGGUACACCUUAUCCUCCUCAGCCGCAACAACCGGGUUAUGGAUAUCCACCUGCACCACCGGCAGCGGCUGCUUAUGGUGGCUACCCACCGGCUCAACCUGGUGGUUAUCCACCAGCUCAACCAGGUUAUGGCUAUCCACCUCAACAGGGUCAUGGUUACCCGCCACAACAACCGGGUUAUGGAUAUCCACCACAACAACCGGGUUAUGGAUACCCGCCGCAACAACCGGGUUAUGGAUAUCCAGGGGCACAAGCACAGAAGCCUAAGAAGAAUAAAAUGGGAAUGGGAUUGGGAGCAGGGUUGCUUGGAGGUGCUUUAGGUGGGAUGUUGAUUGGAGAUAUGAUUUCUGAUGCUUCUUCUUAUGAUGCUGGAUAUGAUGCUGGCUUUGAUGAUGGUGGUUUUGAUGGUGGUUUUGAUUUUUAAUUCAUCUCUUGUUACUAUCAUUUCACUUUUGGUAUCUGUUUUUAUUUGAUUUCGAGGAUGCUUUCUGGUGUUUCAUAUUGAAGCUAACAUGAAUUUGUAUUUAACUUUUGAUAUAUAAUAUAACUCAUGUUUGUGACAUCAAAUUUGGUUUUUUUUAAUUUUUGUAUAGUAGCAUAUCAUAUUUUGUUGGCAAA